UUUCACAAACUCUUGAGGUUGAAGGCGCAUAAUUUUUCAUCCAGUGGAAAAGAAAAAACUAAAAAUUUUCCACCACCAAACUUUAUUAAAAAUAUAGAAAACUAAACACAAAUAUCUUAAAAAAAAUGUCCACAAAAAUCUUUGUUGGAAGCCUCCCAUCCGGAUCCAAGCCCGAAGAACUUCGUCAUCUAUUCGAAGCCUUUGGCGUUGUCACCGAAUGCGACGUCAUGAAUCGCUGUGGCUUUGUUCAUAUGGAAAAACCUGAAAUGGCUGCCACAGCUAUCAAAGCCUUAAAUGGCACAGAAUUCAAAGGGGAAACAAUUAAUGUGGAACCCGGUCGGGUAAGAGAUAAGAAUCAAAAGCCGGGCGGUAUUGGUGCCGGCAAGGGUGGCCCGGGUGGUCCACGUCCACGCGGGGGUCGAAAUGGUCCAAAUAUUAUGGGAAGAAUGCAGAAUUUUGAUGGGCUCGAUGAAGCCGCGUUGGGAUUGGAGGGAAUUGAUGAAAGGACGACAAAAGAUGCAUUGCAAUUGUGUAGCGCUGUGUUUGAAGAAAUGAAUAAGCUACUGAAUCCAGAUCAAAUGGGUGGACCAAGAGGCGGUGGAAUGGGUUUCCCCGAUAAUUUCAUUGAAGAACAAUUGGGAGCUGUGAUGGGAGGUAUGGGUGGAAUGGGCCCAAUGGGUGGAAUGGGUCCAAUGGGUGGAAUGGGCGGUCCAAUGGGUGGUCCAAGAGGACCUAUGAAUCGAGGUCCACGAAACAACCGCAAUGGUCCAUUCCCAGGACCAGGUCCGAUGCAGGGAGGUCCAAAUAGGCCAAAUAGAGGUGGACCUCCAAAUCAAGGUCCAAGAGGUGGCCCACCAAAUCAGGGUCCAAGAGCAGCUCCAAUCAAUCAAGCUCCCAGAGCGGCUCCAGUAAAUCAAGGAAGCAGAGGACCUAAACAGGUUCCCGCCCAACCAAUUCAACAAAAUCGACCUCAAAAUCAAGGCAAUGCUGGCCGCCAGGGUAAUCAAGGAAACCAAGGAUUUGCUGGUCGGAAUCAAGGCAAUGUUGGUGGGCGAGUUCCAAAACAAGGAAAUGUUGGUCCAAUUCGUAACGAUCCCAUCAGACAGCAAAGGGCAGCUGCACCAUAUAACAGAGGACCAAUUGGUCCCGUCGACAAUGAAAUCAACUUUGCUGACGAUGUUCCAAUUGUCCAAAGUGCCAGAAACUUUGCCAACAGUUUGGCUACAGGAAGUCAGAUUGACAGGUGGCCAGCGAAUGAUAGAAACUUUGGGGGCAAUAAUGGCGGCAUGAACCAACAUCCCAUGAAUCGCAAUUUUGAUGAAGAUAUGCCAGUGGACAAUUUUACCGAUGAUGUUCCAAUUGUCAUCAACAUGGUGACUCGUCCCAAUCCAUCUGUUGGAAUGGGAAGCGGUGGCGGUGGUAAUCGCAGAGGAGGUUUGGAUAAUCAAGGUCCAGUUAAUCAAGGCAACUUUGGACACAACACUGGUGGAGGUGGAAAUGAUCGUUUCCAAGGAUCUAAUGAUCGAUUCCAGGGUGGAAGUGAUAGAUUCCAAGGAGGAAAUGAUCGUUUCCAAGGUGGAAAUAAUGAUCGUUUCCAAAAUAGUGGGAAUAAUGAUCGCUUCCAAGGUAACAGUGGAGGCGGCGGUGGUGGAGUAGGAAACUUUGGAAAUCAAGAUAGGAGAGGAUUUGUCUUGCCAGAAAGAGAAAUAUUCAAUGAUACUCCUAAAUUUGGAAAUCAGAAUAUGCGCAGUGGUGGCGGUGAUUCGGCUUUUGGUGGACAAAAUAAUCGAGGAGGAAAUAUGGGAGGUGGCAACAGGAAUGCUGGAUUCGGUAAUAACAAUGCUGGCAGAACACAAAAUAUGUCAGAGGGUCGUAAUAUUGGAGGCGGUAGUGGCGGAGGCAACAUGGGUGCAAGUUCUGGAAACUCAAUGUUCACGAGGAGAGCAAAUAAUGCUGGAGGAAAUCUUGAUGGAAAUAAUAUGGGCAACAACCGCAUACGUAAUGAUAUCCCAGAAACAAACCGUGGAGGCAAUUUCGGCGGAAACAAUAACAACCGUGGAAUGACUAGCGGAGGUAUUGGUGGUGGUAACUUGAACGCCAACAACUCUGGAUUUAACCGAAAUAACAAUUUGGGGGGUGGAAAUAGUAACUUGAAUGGACCCAUCAGAGGAAAUGAUAGAAACAUGGGUGGAAAUACCGGAAUGAACAAUAAAAAUAUGGGCGGAGGAUUUGCCAGCAACAACAACAACAACCGAAACAUGGGGGGUGGUGGUAUGGGCAAUACCAACAACCGAAUGGGUGGAAAUGCAGGAAACAACAUGAACCGUAAUAACAAUAUGGGAGGAGGUGGUGGUGGUGGUGGAAACCAAAUGAAUUCAAUGAACUUUCAAAAAGAUUUUCCCGCACUAACUGGUGGUCAAAAUAUGAACAUGAAUAACCGCAAUAAUGGGCCACGCCAAAAUAUGAUGUCGAAUCGUCGCUAUUAAAAUAAUGAAAACACAAACAAAAAAACUAAAAACUUUUAAAUUAUUCACUCUCCCCAAUCAGUGCAAAUCUUAAAAACGCACGAGAAAAUUUUAUUGACUUUAAGAGAAGAUUAAUCAUUUAAAAGUAGUAUCGUAGAUAAAAAAAAAGCAACACAUGGACAAAAUAAAAAAAAAAACAUAAACAGCACUGUCAUGCGGUCAGUCAACUGUUUUCAUCAAUUACAACAUUAUUAUAAGACAGCAUAAUAUUAAUCCAAAAAAAAACCUAAUAGUUAAGUAAAUAUAAACAGGAAAACAUAAAAAAAAAAUCAAUGUAACUACUCAAUUCAUUGCUCUCCUUGCGGAAUAGCGUUUUCGUUUAAUUUUAUUACAAAAAAAAAAAUGUUCCCAACUACAACUAAAAAUAAUAUCGACUCCUGAAGUUUAUUUUUGUUUUUUCAAUUUCAAUUUUUAAAACAGAAUCAAAACCGCUGGUAUUAUUAUAGUUUAUUGUAAAUUUUCAUAAAACCCAAAACAAACGGUACACAAUGAUACCGUACUGGACAAUUUAUAUUAUUUUAUAAGUAAUAUGUAAACAUUGCUAUAUUUUUUUUAUUUUAAUCGGAUAAAUAAAUGUGUACUUAUAUGUAUUAAUUAUGCAUAUUAGCUAUUGAUACAACAACAAAAUAUUCGUGUAUUUCUGGUAAGGUUUUCAAAAUCCAUUCCAAAACAAUAAUUAUAACUACCUUUUUCAUUGGAGAAGCUUGAGAAAUAAAUGCGCCUAUUUGAAACAUUUAAAAAUAAUAAAAAAAAUGGCUUUUAUUACAAAAAAAUAAAACUAAAAACAUUGGGAUCUCCACUACUUCUUUACAAAUAUUGCAAAAAAUAUUUGAUUGGGAAAUGAAAUAAAAA